GGUGUUAGUCACUGCGUGUGAUUCCCUAUAUACAAGCCCGAACACCCCGGAAACUCCACCGUCAACUCUUCCUCGAUUUUCGAUUUCGAAUUUCGCGCCGGAAUCUCCUACCAUUCAACAAAAAGAGAAGCGAGAAGCAACAAUAUAAAAGUCUAAAAAAAUAAAGAAAAGUGCAGAUCCAAUACUGAUAAAGAGCGCGAGUGCUCGAAAAUCGACGAUCCGCGCAAGGAAAGUUCGGCUCGCAUCAGUGAAAACAGAUUUCUCCGGUGGAUACGUACAGCAGAAUCGAGAACGUAAAACGUAUUCGCUGGAAACCGCUUUUGGUCGCCCUGUCCCGUCGGGCUUAAUUCUCGAAUUCUCGAUACGGGCCUAAUGCGCUCCUUUCCGGGCUUUCGCGACGCCACUGGUUCAUUCUGUGUCGGUGGUUCGGUGAUUUCAACGCGUGGCCGAGAAAUUCGACCAAUGACCUUGAUAUCGGGUACAGUGGUACCAUCAGGUGUUUCACGCGUGUUGCACGUUUAAUACUUGGUUACACGUUAUUCGUCUCGCAUAACUAAUCCUGAACCAACCUGAACGAAACUGAUUAAUUGUGAGCCAAUAUAUCCGAAUUGUGAAAAGUGCAUGUCUCUGAAGAUGACAAAUUUUUGAAGAUAUUGGAAAUUUCGUUUCAUUGACUGCUUCUGGAUUGUUGAUUACAUCGACUAAGGUUCCUUCUUACGAAACAUCGAUCGCUCCAGGAGUGAAAAUCGCAGGGUGCAUAAAACCAUUCGAGAUGAUAAUUAGGUAGAAUAAAAUGGCAAAAAUGAGCCACGAGACAAACGGUUCCAUUGCGGCAACGUCACUUCGAUAAUGGCAAACGAUUAAAGUAAAUUGCCAGAGUUGAUACAAUCUUCAGAGAAACCUGAACCGGCGAAUAUCGCUUCGCGAGGAUAAAACAAGGUAGUCCGAAAUCGAAAAAAGAGAAAAAAAAGUAGUUGGUGAUUCCUGAGGGAGAUAAAGUUUAGGAAACGUGAUCCGGGAUCCCGUUAGCAAUGUAUCGGCCAAAUUUUUACGAAAGCACGUGUCUGCGGUGUCAGCAGACUGUUUACCAAGUCGACAGGGUGGGUCCUUUGAAGGAUUUUACUUUCUUUCAUGCUGGCUGCUUCAAGUGUUCUAGGUGUGGUACCAAGUUGACCUUAAAGACUUAUUACAACAAUCAACAUAAAAUUAAUGACAAAGAAGUAUACUGCAGCAGUCAUGUUCCGAAACCAGGUCCUGGGACGCUGGACGGAUCCAGCGUGGGAAUAAGAAGUGCACUCAAUGUGCCUAGAAGCGGCUAUGUUAAUGAACAAAUCAGGGCUGGUGGAUCUCCCAGAACGGUUUUUCCACCGAGUUACGAAAGCGUCGAUACACCAGUGCAUGGUAAGCAUCUAAACGGACAUGGAUCACCUCCAGGAAAUCGUGAUUCUCACGGUAAUUACGGAGGAAGUUCAUCUCCUUACAACAACUUAUCAGGAGAUGGAUGUUAUCAGUACGGAAGAUUCGAUGCAAGUGCGCUUCACAUCGCUCAUGCCCUGAAACAAACGGAACUUCAAAAAGGAUACAGCAAAGCUCGAGAAAAACCGAUUGACUUUUAUUUGGAUCGAGAUGAACAAACCCGUCUGGAAAUGAAACAUCGAAAAGAGGAAGACGACCUAUACAGGAAAUUCGCACACCAUCGUGAAGAAGAAGAUCGCAGGAUUAGAGAAGAAUUCAGAGACGAAUGGGAAAAAGAACUAGAGCAAUUAUCAGAAAGAUGGGAGCGAGAAAGAGGAUUAAAACGAAGUCAUCAAUUUCAACAAGAAAAAGAAGACCUUGAGAAAAAUAUGACACUUCGAAGGGAUAAAAAGAAGGAAAGUCUAACGAGAAAAAUGCUCGAGCACGAAAGAGCGGCGACUGCAGCUUUAGUAGAGAAACAAAGUUCCGAGAUGUUAGAAUUAAUAAAUGGAGCGAGAAGCGAGUACAUGCGUCAAGAAAGUUUGUAUCUCGAUGAGGGGAUCGAAUAUGCUCAAGAAUUGCCUCCACAGCCUUAUCCUUCGCAGGCACCUCCACCUCAUCCACCAGCUCUUGCCAAAUAUCAUCUUUAUAAUGACCCCAUAGAAUUUGCAGACAUAGACCAAAUUGCAAUUUCGGUUGCACAAGAGGACCAGAAGACCUUUACGGACCUCGUGCGACAAUUAGUUAGCAAAUGCGGAUCAGACAUAGAAAAGGCGAGAACAAUCUUCAGAUGGAUUACAGUUAAAAAUUUAAAUACGAUGCAGUUUGAUGAUAAUUUGAGAGGGGACACACCUAUGGGACUUUUGAGGGGAAUUAAACAUGGGACUGAAAGCUACCAUGUUCUCUUCAAACGACUGUGCAGUUAUGCAGGUCUUCACUGCGUGGUGAUUAAGGGCUACAGUAAAUCAGCAGGUUAUCAGCCAGGUGUCUGCUUCGAGGAUAACAGAUUCAGAAAUAGUUGGAACGCAGUUUACGUUGCGGGCUCCUGGAGAUUUGUUCAAUGUAAUUGGGGAGCUCGACAUCUUGUUAACGCUAAAGACGUUCCGAAUCCAGGUCAUCCUAAAGAAAAAAGCGACAGUCUGAGAUACGAAUAUGACGAUCAUUAUUUCCUCACCGAUCCUCGAGAAUUUAUUUAUGAAUUCUUCCCCCUUCAGGAAGAGUGGCAACUUUUAAAACAGCCAAUUUCCCUGAAAGACUUCGAGGAAUUGCCCUUUGUUCGGUCUCUAUUCUUCAGGUACGGUCUUUACUUUCCUGAUACGAAUACGAAUGCUGUAAUGUAUACGGAUUCCACCGGGGCGGCGACAGUGAGGAUAGCAAUGCCAGCUCACAUGCAAUCUUCUCUCAUUUUCCACUACAACCUCAAAUUUUACGACAGUGACGGAGAUAAUUACGAUGGAGUGUCUCUCAAGAGAUUUGUCAUGCAGUCUGUGGUUGGAAAUCUAGUAGCGUUUCGAGUACACGCUCCCUGUUCUGGCGCUUUCCUUUUGGACGUUUUUGCGAACGCAGUCACGCCAAAGGAAUAUUUAACUGGUGAGCCAAUGAAAUUCAAGAGCGUUUGCAAAUUCAAGAUUUCUUGUGAGGAACUUCAAACAGUAAUGGUACCACUUCCGGAUUGUGCGAGUGGAGAAUGGGGUCCCACCAAAGCCACAAGACUAUUUGGACUCGUGCCAAUCACGCAUCAGGAAGCACUCGUUUUUGCUGGUCGGGAAUUGGAGAUUCAAUUCCGUAUGUCUCGACCUUUGACGGACUUUAUGGCGACCCUGCACAAGAAUGGAAUUGAGGAGAAGCGUUUGUCCAAGUAUGUCACGCAUUCUGUGACAGACGAUGAUGUAGUGACUUUCUCCAUUAGCUUUCCGGAGGAAGGUCAAUAUGGGCUCGAUAUUUACACCAGAGAAUCGGCCAGUCCGUCUCAUCACGACGUGUCUGGAGAAAAGCAUUUACUCACUCAUUGCUGCAAAUAUCUCAUUAAUUCAAGCAAAAGAAACUAGAAUUCCAGAGAAUCGAUCCAUUCAUCUCAAAUCUUCCAGAUCUACCCAAAUCAAUUAAUUAUUUAUAAUUAUACGAGUACGGUAGAAAUAUAAAUAACUCCAUAGUUACCUCUUUAUAUAGAGAAGUCGCGCAAGUAGCGGAGAAUUAUUAGCAACUUCAUUGAUGACGAUUAAUAAUUUAUAAUGUAUAUAAUAUAUAAUAAGAUAACAGAGGGUGAAACAUAAUUCGUUCAACUAGUGGGGAAAAUUCGAGGGGCGGAUAAUUUCUCAUUGCAGCGCAAAGUUUCCAAAUCGAUUGAAGCUCACAAAUGAUUUUUGAAUUAAAAUUGUAUUAAAUUUUUGCAGAAGUUACGUUUUCAAAACUGAUUCCUGUGAAAUGAAACAAUUUAAAGUGAAAAAUGUAAAGAAAACGGUAAACUUUAAAAUCCACGUAUCUACAAAAUUAAACAACUUUCAAUUUGAUGCGUUCA